GAUGAAUUCACGCAAUUCACUUGUGUUGUCGAAAACAUUACUGUACAACACAUUUUGUAGCUCACAACGAAAAACAUCAGAGAAUAAAACAAACCAAAUAUCGUCAGUUUGAACGAGAUUGUCAUUCUAUAGAAGAAACGGUUCAAAAUCUCAAGUGUGGUAGAAAAAUAAUUCAAGAUGGUGAAGAAAAAUUACAACAAUGGUAUGAAUUUACGAUAAGUACAAUCAAACAACAAUUUGAACAAAAAAAAGAACAACUUAAACAUAUUGAACAACAGUUUACAAUCAAAUUAGAUAAAUUCAAAUUGAAUAAUAUUGAAAAGUUAAGAAGAAUAGAACAUCAGCUUCAAGCUGAACAAGAUGAUAAAGGCCAAGAUUUAAAAAUAAUUGAAGAAAAUGUUAACAAGUUGAAGAAAGCAAUGGAAACUGAUAUAAUAAAUGGAUAUUUAGAACUGAAUUUAAGUGAAAUACAGUGGAACAAAGAUCCGGUGAUAUUCUACGAUUCAAUUCAAACAGAAUCAUUUACGAGUGAACCAUUAUCUAUUGAUCAUUUAAAUCCAUCAAUUCGAUCUCCUUUGGGUGCAUCACUCGAUACAAUUUUAGUUGAUAAUAGUUUUGAUGAAUUUCGACAACUCAUUUUGUACAAAGAUCAUUUGUUCAAAUCAAAACAACAGAUUGAAUGGUCACACGAUUCUAUACGAGAUAUUCAUUGGUCAGAUUAUUUGCAAAACUAUCUGAUUACAACACAAACAAAACUAUUUACAUUUUCACCGAUUAUUUUGCAAGAAAAAUGUCAAUUGGAAUAUGAAAAUGCAAAUUGUACUUGCUAUGACCGAAAUCUAUUUAUAUCCUACGAUAAUAAUCAUCUCGAUCAUAUAGAAUUACCACAAUGGACAGUGAAAACUCAUUGGAUAUUAUUUAAAGAUACUGAGUAUGUAUGUCAGUUAAGAUGUAAUCAAACUCGCCGUAUCGGUUUUAUUAUUGAAUCAAUGGAGAAUAAUGAACGACAUUUAGAAUUAUACGAUUGGAAUAAUAAUGACACUUUGGAAUUUGUUAAAACAUGUGCAUUUUAUCAAUCAAAUGUGUACGGUCUAUUGUAUUUAUCGAAUCAUGAGUGGUUAAUAACAAGUGUAGAUCAUAAUACUCUAUUUAGACUGACGAAUAAUGAUUGUCUAUCAUUUCGACAUCAUCCACAUGUGAUCAACAUUACGCUUCUAAAUAAACAAUAUGUAAUUAUGAGAACAAAACAAAGUAUUUUAUGUAAACUACUAAUACAAACAAUCUAG